GACUUGCCAGUAACCUCCUUAAAAUGGAAGCAACUGCCGUCAUUGACUCGCAGCUAGACGCAGCCUCAACCGGCAUAAAAGAAGGUCAGCAGCGGCGAGGCAAAGGCAAGGCCCGAUGCUUGGUCAACAAACAUCAACAAGAUGAAGCACCGCAAUCAGCCGAGAUGACGGAUCUUGAGCGCGAGGGCGUGCAAGCAGGCAGUCGCCCAGCGGCUCAGGGAAAGCGCGCUCGUGGCGAGAUAGAGCCCAUGCGGCGGUCAGGGCGUCUGGCGGGGGCUGCAGCUGCAGCAGCCAUUGCAGACGUCGUGGAGAGCGAAGCAGCCGACCAAGCUGGAGCCACGGGUCGUGGUGUGGGCAUCAUGACGCAGGAGCAGUACCUGAAGUUCAAAGGCCAGUCGCUGCCUGAGGGAUGGUUUCGCUCAGACGGCCGGUUUCGGGGCUGGGUUAAGGCGGAGGUGGCGGAGCAUCUGGGCCUGGCGUCCAGCGCUGCGGAGGCGUGGGAGGCAGGAGGAGGCGGCAAGUUCCAGCGCAAAAUUAGCAAAUCAGACGUGCCGGCGCAUCUCAAGUCCAAGGGCUGGAGCGACGCACGUGCCUUCGCCGCCAGCCAGCUGCAAAAGAACCCCAACGCCUACUUCUACCGCCACACUGCACCCGGGGAGCUGCAGGCCCAGGGCGAGUGGACACAGGAGGAGCACGAGUUGUUCGUGCAAACCGCCAAAAAGCACGGCGUCGGCGACAAGUGGGGCCUGUUCGCGUCGUACAUUCCCAACCGUGUGGGCUACCAGUGCUCCGCCUAUUACACGCAGGUCAUUAUCCCGUCCGGCUUGAUUCUGGACGAUCGAUUCAGGAUGGACGCUUGGGGCGAUGCGGUGUUUGUAGGGGCUAGGGGUGGCCGUGGAGGUGGCGAUGACUGA